AUGAAUAUAAAUUAGAUAAUUAUAUAUACUCUUAUCAUAACACACUCAUCCUGUUAAAUUUACUCAGAUGAAUACCUAUAUAAUUGCACAACUAUUUAUAAAGAAAAAGAUAAAGAAUUAAAACUAAAAUUAUACCCUAUAGAUUGUUGGAUUUUCAUCAUACUUUGUAUUAAAUGAAUAUAUAAUCAAAGCACCCAUUACAUUUUUUGGAUCCUCUAGAAUAGUAUAUCAAUUCUUAAAAAAUACAAAACUAUUUGGAGUUCCUGGAGACAGUGUUUUUAUUAUCACUAUAACUAAUGGGAUUGAAAGUGUUGUCUACUUUUUAACAGCCAAUUAUGUGUUAACAUAUAAUAAAGCUCCAUUAUAGAAUGCAUUUUAAAAGGUAAAUCAAAAAAUAAAAUAGAUUACAGGAUUAGCUACUUUAAUUGUUUUUGUGAUUUCAAAUCUUAAUAUAUUUGUUUAUGCUGCUUAUCCUUUGGCUUUAAUUUACAAUGCACUUGAAUCAACUGCUAAAAUUUUAAGAAUUUUCAAUUAUUCACUUCUAUUAUCUUGAUU